AAUGGAACAGAGUAAUUUAUUGAAAAUGUUGAAUUAUGCAAACAUACAUUUUAGAAAAGAUGGAUUAAGUAGAUUCAAAGAAUUGCAUGGAUAAUAUAUUGAUAGAACACUUCCUGAAAAAUUUGUGUAUUUUGCAAAAGAAUUAAAUUAUGCAUAUAUAGAGAAAGAAUAAGUAGAUAAGAUAAGUGAGAUGAUUAAAUAAGGAAAAUAAUCAAAUUCUUAUGAUUAAGUUACAAUAUUAUAAGAGAGAAUAAAAAAAUCAAUAAUUAUAUUAGAUUAUUUUGAAUUAGAUAGAUUUACAUUUUAAUGUACACCAAAGGAUAAAUAUAAUAUGUAAUUAAAUAGAUUGGCACAUAUAACAUAAUUGUUGAGAUAAGAUACUCGUUAUGUUUUUGGUUAUUAAAGCAAUGAUGAAAUUUCAAUUAGUUCAAUUGGUACUGCAAAUGGUUCAACAGAUAAAAUUUAUUAUAUAUUAGGGUAUAAAAUUAUAAUAAAAUUAGAAUAUUAAUAUAACUUGGAAAUAAUUAUUAUUUGAGUGAUGGAGAUGAUAAAAUUAAGAUAAAUUUAUAAAAUGCUCAUAAUAAGAGCUUUUUUAAAAAUGACAAUCCUGAAUAAGUGGAUAUUGGAUUAGCAAAUUUGGGAAGUAUAUUGAUGAUGGUUGGAGAAUGGAAUGAUCAUCAUGGAUAUUUCUAGGUCACUAACUUUACUAUUCCAUUUGUAUAAAUUUAUAAUUUAUAUUAAGUUUAAUAUAAAAAAGAAAAUUAAAUUACAAAUGAAAAAUUCAGACUUAAAAGAAAUUUUAUAAAUAGACACAUUUGGAGUUUAUAAGAAAAUCUUAAAAUUUAAUUCUAAUUUAGAAUAUUAAACAAUUGAAAGAUAGAAAAGUCUAAAUAUUUAUUAAAAAGAUGAUUUUGAUAAAAUAUGGAUUCUAUCUAAUUUUAGUUUAGAAAGCUUAUUAUCUAUUCAAUUAUUUGAGAAUUUAAUUCAGUAAUCAAUAGAGUAUAAAUUGAUGCCUCCUGGAGCUAUAUUUUUUAUGGGAUAGUUUUCUAGUUAAUAAAUUCCAAAUCAUGAAUCAUUAUAUGGAAAUGAAUUAGUAAAGGUUGUUAAACAUUUUUCUGAAUAUCUACAGAAAACUUUAUUAUUUUUUAUUCCUUCAUAUAAUGAUUUUCCUUUAGCAUAUUCUAUGCCAAAAACACCUAUUAAUUUGUCAUUAUAUAUAAAGGAACCUACAUAAAUGAUGCAUAGUUUAAGUAAUCCAUGUAGAUUAUCAAUAAAAGGAUUCAAUAUUAUUAUUGUUAGAAAUGAUAUUUCAAAAGAAAUAAGAAAAAAUCAUAUUCAAUCUUUUUAGGCUGGACAUGAACAUUUAUGUGAAACUAUAUUAUCUUAACAAUAUCUGGGAACAUUUUAGAGUAAUCAAGUUUGUUAUAAAUGGAAUUAUGAUUCUGCUAUGUAUCUUGAUCCAAGUGUUGAUUUAAUUGUAUUAUGUGAUUUAACUGCUGAUUAAUUCAAAUAUCAAACAAUAAUUAAUGACACCUAAGUCAUGAAUCCAGGUAAUUUUUAAAAACAAGAUUUUGGAUAAAUAAGUUUUAAUAACAAAAAAUAAACAAUAUCUUGUUUUACCUCUAAUUUGAAUUAGAAAUGA